CAGAAGCACCGUUAAAGGCGCCUGGAAAGAAGGAGAGUGGGCUGAGCAGGAGGAGGAGGGAAGCUCUGCUUCUCCUAAUAAAGCGAGUGUAUGUGAAAGGAGGUGCUGAAAAACGUUACACUGAGCAGAGAGCUGUGUUACCACAGAGAGAGAGAGAGAGGAAGAGAGAAGGUUAGAGAGAAAGAGAGGGAGAGAGAGUGAGAGAUAGAGGGAGAGGGAGAGGGGCAAAGAAUAGAAAGAGCAUUGUGUUGCUGCUGAGAAAGAACCCAUGUCCGCACAAAGAGAGAUGAAAGAGAAGAACCCCUGGCACUCGCCUGUGACCAUCAUCAUCUCUGUGAUUGGCGUCAUAGCGAUUGUUGCCUUGGUGACAGUAGCAGUUUUGCAGAACAUGCCUCUCCCCCAAAAGUACAAGUAUGGGAUUGUGCUGGAUGCUGGAUCCUCCCACACAGCUCUGUAUAUCUACGAGUGGCCAGCAGAGAAAGAUAACAACACUGGGAGAGUUGAACAGACACAUUCCUGCAAAGUCAAAGGUCCAGGUAUCUCUAGCUACGCAUCUGCUCCUUGGAAGGCAGGAGAGUCUCUGAGUGAGUGCAUGCAGGAGGCCAAGCAGCGAGUGCCUGGAAAAAGGCACCACGAGACCCCUCUUUAUCUGGGGGCUACUGCAGGAAUGAGACUGCUCAAGGAGGAGAACAGCUCGGCGUCAGACAAAGUCUUUCAGGCUGUGGAGAAAACCCUGCAAAAGUCCCCUUUUUCCUUUCAGGGAGCAAGAAUCCUUAGUGGCCAGGAAGAGGGCGCCUUUGGCUGGGUCACAGUCAACUACUUGGAUGAUCGCCUCAAACAGGGCUUAGAAACCACGGGUGCUCUUGAUCUUGGCGGUGCUUCCACACAGAUUAGCUUUGUAUCUGAUAAUUACGACGGCUCAGAGUCACCCAGCAACGCCGUAACUUUCCGACUCUACGGAAAUGACUAUAACCUUUAUACUCACAGCUUCCUGUGUUAUGGGAAAGACCAGGCGCUACGAAUGACACUGGCACGACAGACUGAGUCAGGUCCAGGAAAAAUAUUUGAUCCUUGUUUCCACCCUGGCUACACCGAGACAAAGGCGUACAAAGUCCUCUAUGACAGCCCCUGUGUGUCAGACAGGAAACCCCAGGAAGCUCCUGCAAACUUUACUCACACGGGGAAAGGAAACUUCUCACAAUGCCAAGAAGUCGUCAAAAGUGUCUUCAACUUUACAUACUGCAAAUACAGCCAAUGCUCUUUCAAUGGGGUCUUCCAGCCACUUUUGCAGGGGCCAUAUGGGGCCUUCUCUGCCUACUACUUUGUGAUGAACUUCCUCAAUCUGACUGAUACAUCCAUCCCUCUUGAAGAAGUCAAGGAAAAGCUCACACACUACUGUGCUACCCCUUGGGAUCAGAUAAAAAAGCGGCAUCCAGAUGUAAAAUUAAAGUACCUGGCUGAAUACUGUUUCUCUGGCACAUACAUCCUCACCCUGCUGACAGAAGGAUACAACUUCACCUCAGAGACCUACUCCAACAUAAAAUUCAUCAAGAAGAUAAAAGGCAGCGACGCAGGCUGGACUCUGGGCUACAUGUUGAAUCUGACCAACAUGAUUCCAGCUGAGGCUCCUGACUCUCCCCCUCUGCCCUAUGCCGGUUACGUCUCCAUCGUCACCGUCAUCCCAAUACUGCUCGUUGUGCUCCUCAUCUUCUGCUUGCGCCCUUUCUGGCCCCGUUGCUCUAAGCAGCCACAGAUCAUAUAAACACACACACAUACUGUAUGAAUGAAUUUGUGUGAGAGUUUGUGAGUGCGUUUGUGUAGGUUAUUUUACCAGUAUUGUGAAAAAGGUCUUUACACUUGUCAUCUUAACUAUUUCAAGCCUUUGUGAAGAUAUCAAAGGUCAGCGUCUGCUGCACAACAGCCCUGCAGCUCACAUGGACUCAAGGACUUUUCAGAAGGACAAAUGCUUUCUGUCUUUAGGGAGCAAUUUCUGCUUCCCUGGUUGAAGGACAUUUGCUGUGUUUUUGUGUGAGCGUGUACGUCUGAGUUUGAAUGUGUGCUUGAACGUGUGUGCCCACAUCAGUCUGCAUGUGUCUUGAAUUAUGAUGUGAAUAUGAUACUGUAUAAAUAAAAUAACCCAGGUUUCUAUAAAAUGUUUGAUAUGCUAGUCAUUUGCGCAUUUGAAAAAAACAAUCAGUUAAACAAUAUUCAGU